CUCGCAAGCUUCCAUCGCUGAACGCAUGCCCACUCUUUUGGAUCCCGCGUUCGAGUCCUCUACCCUUUGAUCAGUUUACGACCGUCUGGCAGCCGACAAACCCCCUCACUCCUCCCAGGAGACGAAGAUGACCGUGGAUGGUGAUGGCAAGCUUCGAUGAGUUGGUGGAGCAGCUGCUCUACGAUGUUGCGUUGUCAGGAAGCAAAGGAAUCGCUGGAGAAGACAUCGAAAAGGCUGUCAAGACAUACUAUGAUUCACAAAAGCCCAAAUCACCUCCGCCACAACAACGCCCAACUUGCCUGUUGUUCUCAGACGCCCCGCCAUCCAACUUGGACGUCGUAGACAGUGUUCUCGUUCAAGCAGUAUGGACCUGGAUGGAACGUCAUCCAGACGUUGAAGUUAAAGAAGUGCACAACAACGACCAAUCAAUCGACGGUGUCGACGCCGAAGGCCAACCACUCACUGCAAACGAGUCGUCACCAACCACUCAGCCAAACCCGAGCACCAGACGCAUCUUCACCUCCGAAGAAAGGGUCUGGCAUGCAAUCGCCGGACAUGGCGUCGACACUAAGCGUCUCCCCGCCAAGGAGUUCGAUCUUCUCUCCAUCAUCGCCGCUCACGGCCCCGACGGCAUCCUUCAACCGGACGUGACCAGACUUUCCCAGCAAGACAAACGCUCCGUGCCCAAGCGCACGGAUGAGCUUGCCAAAAAGGGCUACAUCACCAAAGACAAAGUCAUCGCGGCCAAGGCGCAUACCGCCAUACUGAAGCUCAGCAAGUACGCGACAAAGCAGGAUGCCAGACCCCAACACGUCCAAGCCUUUCCAAACAACAAGGGCAAGGGCAAAGACAAUAACAGCGGGAUCAUCUACUACGACGAAUGGUUCAGCGAAACGAUACGGAUACUGCGGGAGAACAACGGGAUUGCUGCCUUGGAAGAUCUCCGCGCUGGCUUGGGCAUUUUCAAUACCCUCCUGGGCAGACGGGCCUAUGCCAGAGCUAUUCGUCGCCUUGAGCUCAUCGGCGUGGCCAGGAAGCUCAAAGCUAAGGUGGAGAGUGGCUCGGGUGCAGGUUCCGAGGAGACCUGGGUUCGCUGCGUGCAGCUACUCAGAGAGCCGUCGGAGGCGGAUAGACUGAGUUUCCAUGGCUACGAUUCCGAGAGGGCGUCCAAGAUGGGCCCUAGCACCGGCGGCACUCAACAUGAACUGGACACGGAGGCUGACUCUAACGACGAAACACCUGUGUCCCACGGGGAUGAGGAAGAGAACUACUUUGACGCUCCCUUGCGAACCGGCGUUCGACCUCAGUGGAGCCCUGACAUGCCAGCCUACAACUUCAUCUUAAACAUCGUCGAUGGCGCGGGAGUCGACGGCAUCAGCUCGAUGGACCUGCACGCUCGCUCCAUGGGAAUGUUCUGGAUGCGGCCACUGGACGAGAUCAUGGCUCGGCUCACUGACGUCUGGCAAACCUCUCAACCACCACACUUGCGCCAUCUUGCCAUCGUCAGAGACACUGGCGUUCAAGGCAAGCUUUCACACUACAAGUACUACACUCUUCACAACUUUGAAAAGGCCGUGCAAGCUGGAAGGGCGGAGUGGACGUCGGUUACGGUGCAGCAGAAAGCCCCAGCAAAGCCGAGAGGUCUGCCGAAAACCAAUACGCACAAUGCCGGUCAGCUUGAUGCAUGGGGUUUCCCACAGCCGGAUCCGAGGCUCUUUGCUGGUAGGAGUGGAUCGGCGACCUUGCGGGACUGUCAGGCUGCGGCUCGACGUGAUACCGGUCUCACAGAUACUGAGCAAGGGGUCGAGGGCGCCUUGGAAGAAGAAGCUGCAGCUGUUGUUCCUCUUGCUGGCAAGAAACGGAAACACUCUACCCUUGAGACGCUUGCUGUUGAUGACGACAACGCGCAAAGUCACCCUGAUCACAAAGACUCGAGCGUUGGGCCGAUCAAGCGAGUCCGAAGAACUGCCACGGAGUCCAGCAAGACUGCAACAUCUGUUGGAGGUGCAAAUCGCCCUGACGUUCCGGCAACGAAUGGCAACCUGCGUUCCACCAAGGCUAAGGCUGCGAAAUCGUCUCGUACCAUACCAGGAGUAUACAUCGAUGCAGCAGAUGCGAAGGAGUUGCGUUUCGCGCAAUACACCAAAUUGGGGCGGAAGCCUUUGAACAUGGUGGUCGUCUUCAAGUCUGACAAGCUCAAAACGUUGCCGUGCUUUGGAGGGGGUUCGGCAGCGCUGGGUGGUGCUGCGCAGGCCUCCGCGCAUGAGGAUGACGUCCUACGUGAAGAAUUGGUUGAGAUUCUAGUCGAUGAAGAUGUCCCUGAAGAGGACCGAUUGCCGAGAACAAGACAGCGCGUGGGCGUCCCUGUGGAGCAGACUACGAUACCUGGCUUGGACAGUCUGUUACCUUCAUCGACGGAGCUGGCAAGGAGCUUCCCGGAGGAGCCACAAGCAUCUGCAGGAGCUUCAGACAUUGGUGCUGAGCCUUUUGCCGUCGCGCAGCUCGCUGCACUAUCCAAGAAGCGGAAGCGUGGCCGUCCCUCGAACGCAGAGCGUGCUGAGCGCGCAAGACUUGCGGAAUUACAAGCGGCCCGGAAAGCAGCUCAGCCCGUCCAGCCUCGUACUGCACCAGCCAACCUGGCUCGCUCUCAGCAGCCCCAACCGCAAACAACAGCUUCGACGGCCAACUCGGCCAGCGGAACCCCAAAGACCGCCCAGUCUCCCACCCCCUCUGCGCCGGUCAUGCAGGGUUUGCACUCCAAAGAGUUUACUCGUCAACAUCCUGACGUGAAAUGGGUGCACCGCGGUAAUGGGAAAUAUGCUGCUGUUGUUUCAAGUCUGCCGCAGAGCCGCGAUGGGACGAGCCAGCCUGAGCCUACGGUGAAUGAGACUGGCAAUGCGAGUGACGAAGCACCGGCUGUGACGCCAUCUUCAACUCAAUCAAAGGACGGCGAUGGACAACAUGCAAAUGCAGAUCCUCAUGUCGCUUCGGCUGGCAUAUCGCACUCACAGUCACCAUCUGCGGGGGAAAACGUUGAUGGUCUGCGGCCGCGCUCUGAAGGUCUUGAAGUCGAUGAGGCCCUCAGUGCUCCACCAGUGCCUUCAAACACCCAAGCAAAAUCACCCUCCAUUAACGACGAAACUUCACCUACCGUCACAGAAGAGCAGGUGCCAGAAGCCAACCACGCAAUGUCUGAACUGACCCCGCAAGAUGCUACGGACAGCCUGGCUACUGCCGCUGGAGACGAUACGAUGUCUGACGAUGAGAACCCUGAUGAGCUCGACAAUCUUCCAGAGCUCGUGCUCGUGGACAUCGAUGCUUCAGCACCUACUGUCAAGGUAUCAGGAAAAGCAGGCGUCAAUCGACACGCGGGCACGGUGCGAGCAAACCGUAUGCAAAUCGUGCUCGACACCAUGAAUGCCGCCCGCGGGGCCUUCCCUGGAAGCAAAAACAUGUACUACCCGUUCCGCACUGCAUGGUCGAAGAAGUACAAUCAGCAACCAGACCGGCACACGGCCGAGAACGUUGUCGAUGAACUGGUGAAGCAACGUCAGCUCAACAAAUACGAAUUCGGCUUUGUGGACAAGAACGGUACCCCACAGAAGCACGACAUCUUGACCCUUCCAAACGUCUUGUCGACUUCGAUGCGAGUGAGGCGGUUGCAGAAGUCCAUUAUUGAUGCCUACCCCCGCAAAUUCCUGCCCAAGAGCGUCGAGAUCGAGGAUGAUCUGCUCGAAGUUGCCACCCGGACGCAUGAGGAGAAUGGCAGGCUUGGUGGCCCUGUUGAGAGGUUCCCCAAGAAUGGAGACGCCACCACUCAAUCUCGUCCAUACAAAGGCUUGCCUCAAAACCGAUUACGAGACUGGGGCACAUUUCCUACAGUGGAGAAUGUCACAGUUCGGCGGCUGGCGAAUGCAUCUCACGGUGGAGAGCUUCCUUCUAAAGCCACACGCAAGGCUAGUGUUGCGAGACAUGAGAAGCUUGAAGGCGAGGCCAUGCAACGUCUCUUGAUGCUGGCUCCCUUGCAGACCGAAUAUGCGUCUUCCGGCACUAUCGGUACGGCUGGCGCAAUUGGCUUCGCCUCCGACGCCCGUGCGAGCCUACAGAGCUUCUGGAAGACGUAUGAAGCCGCUCCACGCGAUCUCGCCGACCUUCUCCAUCGUGCCCAGAGCAUCGAGGCCGAUCGCCGCGGCAAGGCCAUGAGAACUCGCGACAAGGCCACUUCAGUGGACCCGGAAGACGCCUUCGAUUACGAGCUGGCGCAGGUAUACCUGUGGGAAGAGAGCCUGGUCCUCAAGCAUAGUGUUUUGGCCGCUCCUGCGAAACCCACUUUUAUCAACCAUCACCUCACGGCUCCGCACGUUUGUCCAAUCAACAACACGGGUCGUACACGAGGCUACGAGUUCUGGUCUGAAAGCUCCCCUUUCACAUUGUCUUCCUUGAAGAAGUGUGAUAGCGAGCCACGCCCGUCCAAACGAAAGCAAAAGUCCAAGGCUCCGGCCACCGCUGUGGUCCCGCGACUUGAUCCGGGCCCAGCUCUGGCACCGAUCCGGCCACAGCCUGCGCCGAGACCACAUGCACAAAUCGCUCCACGCGCGAGCCUCGAUCCCAUGUACCACCGCUACUUGGGAACUCCUCUGGCUCCUGCAUCAUUGACUCCACCGUCGACUGCCGGAGGUCAAAUUGCUCCCAUCGCACAGCCAGCGGAGCCCAGGCAGCCUAAUUCUGGCGAGGCGAGAUGCAUGUCGUGUGUGAUGCGUCAAACUCCGUGCUACGGGGGAUCAGAUACCGAACGAUGCGACCUGUGCAAAUCAGACGGCUCGUUGUGUACGCGCGUACCCAGCGAUCGGGCCCAAAUUGCCCAACUUCUCGGACCGGCAUCUCAAGCGUCCCAAGUAGCAAACGGCCAAGAGGCUCAGCGACCGAUCGCCCCGGCCCCAGCACCUUUACCAGUCACCCUCUCCGCUUUGCAACAGAGCGCUUCGCAAACACAGGGAUGUUCGCGCUGCGCCAAGGUCCGGAAGACGUGCAAGGGCGGCACGGCGAAGGUGAGGUGUGGCAAUUGCGCCAUGACUGGGUCUUUGUGCUCGAUUGUUGAUGAUGAUUAUGUCAAGUUGGAGAAAUGGGGUCGGCUUCGGACGGAUGGGAAGAAGAGAAAACAAGCUGUGAGGAAGAACAACAAGCCAGAGGCAGAGGCAGAGUCACCACCGGCCGUUCAGGUGAGCUCGUCCGGCAGCUCGCAAACUGGUGACCUGCAAGUUGGUGACCCGCAGAAUGUUGAUCAAAGCUCUCGGGGCACGAAGAGGAAGUUGCCGGCACCCACAGUAUACAAGUCUCGGAAAAAGGCUAAAGGUGCGGAUGUGAUCAAUGGCGAGGCAGCCGCCGACGUGGUUGAGCCGCCAAACACGGAUGCAGAGUACCGGCCACGUGCCUCCAGGAAACGAAGCGCAACGGAGCUCUACCCCAUCCAUGCUCCCAAGAGGUCCAGGGCGAAAGCUAUCGCAAUGGUCGAUCACCACCGAUACAAUACCGCCGUGGCUCUUGUUCGUCUGCUCUGCGGAGAGCCAAGUGGCGACUCAACCCCACACUGGGAGAUCGUCGCGCAUGCUUUGGCAUUCAAAUACGCCAAGACGUCUUUGAUUCAGCAUUGGGAAGCUAUGAGCAAUGCCAGCAAGCGCCGACUCGGACAACUGGAGGCGGGUCUGCAUGACCCAAUCCUGGCCGCGUACGAAAAGGGCGAUAUCAAGGAUCUUGAUUUCGACAACUUGCAAGAGGCUGACUGGCCUGCUCUGGUCCGCUGGGGAGAAGUCAACAUGCCGCUACUUACCGAGGGCAGUGAACUCCAGGACCUGCCUAAGUCUCGUGAAGCGCUGGAGCACGGUCAUGAAGUCACGCUGAAACCAAUUCAAGCUCAAUCGGAGAGUGAGAGCAAUGCAACCGAACUCGCUGUAGCCAAGUCAUGGGCACGCGCAACGGCUUUGACCAAGGACGACGAUUACAACAUCGCCAGUGCAGCAACCAAGUUGCGGACAUUGGAUGGCUCCGUCCUUCAGAAGGCCACCGAUCAACUGGAGCAGGCGCGUACCCUGGUUCGAAAACGAGGCGACCGCCAGCUUCCAGGCCGCAACUACGUGCUUUCCACACAGGCGUUGGCGCAGUUUCAGCGCUGGCCUGGUAAGGAUACGGAGGCAGCUUUGCUCACGGAUGCUGCUCAGGCCCGGACUAAAAUGGUGGAAGAUCUUCAGAACGGCGAUCAAAUCAGCCUCGAAUCUCCAGCCUCUGGGUCUACGAUGCUGGCCAUGAUGAACAUGGUCGCUCAAGGCCAUCUGACGCCUCGUGCUACUCUCUCCGAGAGUGCCCUGGCGCAGGCGAAGGACAAGACAGCCAUUGACAGCCCAUUCGAGCAGCCUGUCAUCUUCGAGCAAGGCGCCAAGUUCACAGCAAAGCACAAUCUCACCCCUGGCGUACAGGUUCCUCGCACCCCCCUCGCGCCUCUUCAGGACGCCACUCCAGUCUGGAUCGACAUCAACGGCAACCUAAUCACAGACAUCUGGGCGGCGGUUCUGCGCUCCAUUUUGCACGUCGUCGCUUUCAAACCUGGCUCUACGGCCGAAGGGAUCGAGAAGGCGCAUAAGGGCCACUUUUGGGUUUGGGAGGUUGAGCUGGUGUUGGCGUGGAUGGAGAAGACGGGUUUGGUGCUGCGCUUUGGGGCGGGGAGGGAAGUGGAGGGGUUGUGGAAGGGGGGUUGGAGGGCGAGUGAGUGGUGGUAUUGUGCUUUUUCGCCGGAGAUUGCUGUUUGGGAAGCGACUACGGGAGGCGAGGGGGAGAUUGUGGCGUAGCUUUCUGGCUGAGGUCACGCGGAGAGGCAUGAUUGAGUUACGAUUACUUGGGGUUUCUGGGAGGCGCAUGGCUUUGCUACUGAAGAUACCCCGAGGCCGGCGAGCCUGCGCAUGGAUAGCGUAUGUUACAUUACUGAACAGGUA